UCUUUAAAACCUCGUGUCAUUGAUGUCAUCAAAAUCCAACCAGCCGAGUAAACCCUGAUACUGUUAGUUUAUUAAUAAAAUUAUAUCCAUUUAAGGACAUCAAUGUACAAAGUCUGUUGUUUUAGGCCAGAAGUGUCUCAGUUUUGGUUCAGGGUUAGAGAGAUGCUGUAUGUUUGGUUUUAUGUCCUCACUAAUAUAGUGUUUAAACUCCAAAUGUUUGAACAUGAUUGUAGUUAUUAUCAGCUCUUCAGCUCGUGUCGUUCAGACUUCAGUACAGAUCCCAGUUUAACCUGCCGGUGUAAUUCUGAACACCUUCAUUAUUGAUCUGGUGUUUGUUUAGGGUUAGAGAUGAACUAUAUAGUCUGAGCAAAACCCCAACAUCAGUGUAAAUAUAUCAAACAUAUUCUGUAAAAAAUAUGACUGUUUUAUGAUUUAGUUUUUAAAAUAUGACACGAUUACAUUAAGUGGCCUGUGCUUUAUUAUUUACAUUUGUUCAUUUAGCAGAUGAUUUUAUCCAAAGAGACUCAUGAAGGAAUACAGUCUUAAAGAGGCAAUGACAUGAGAAAUGAUGACAAUACAAACAUUGUCCAGAAAAGUACAAGCUAGAACAAGGAGGGAAAGAAGAUAUAGAGAGAAAAAGAUGUAUUUUAAGUCAGUUGAUAUGCCUUGAUGUAAACGAGCAAUUGAUUCAGAUGAGCUUUAACACAAUCCUCAUUCUGAUGAAAACUGAGAUGAAUGACGAAUCAGGAGAAACAAAUUAUGACAAACUCACAUUUUUACGUGAUGUACACCAGCUUAUGAAAAUGUACUUAAGUUAAAACAUUAAUACUCGUGUGAUCAGAUGUCUAUAUUUAUUAUGAUGAUUAUUAUUAUAAGGACAGAUGAUGUGCAGGUGAAGAUGAGGGUCAUGAGAGUCACAGACAGACUCCAGAUGAUGUUCAUGUGCUUCAAGCGCCCAAAACAACAGCUGUAUGAAAGCCUCCUCUCGCCCCUCACUGAUGCUGAUUUCAUUCAAGUCUCUUUCAGACUGUUUUCUGAACACACAGAGGACGCGUUCAGGCUUUGAUCAACUUUUACACUUCAAAUAUCCAUCAAAUUUACACGCGGCUUUUCCCCGUGGCUGAUGCUCGCCUCGGAUUUGAUCUGACGGAGGCAAAACAAACAUUUCCUCUUGCCGUAUUUUAGUCUCUAAUGAAAGCUCAGAACCUCUGCUUGCUGUUCACCUUGUUUUGACUGUGACAAACUAUUUUCCCGCUCCAGUUUUGCUCCAAAUGUAAGAGAAGAAAACACAAGCGUGAGCGGCUCGUGGACGCGCACAGACACGGAGCGGGCAGGUUGAGUCUACGAGGUUCUCAUGUGUUGUUUAAGAGCGCAGCGCCGCUCGAGCGCUAUUCAUUGCUGAAAGCAGACAGCGUUUGAAACACUUGAUCCGAUCAGAGAGAGAUGGCAGAAACCGCCCCAGCCCCGGCUGCUGCCGCCCCGGCCAAAGCGCCAAAGAAGAAGUCAGCUGCGAAAGCCAAGAAAGCAGGUCCAGGCGUCGGUGAGCUCAUCGUCAAAGCUGUGAGCGCCUCCAAGGAGAGGAGCGGCGUGUCCCUCGCCGCCCUGAAGAAAGCUCUCGCGGCCAGCGGCUACGACGUGGAGAAGAACAACUCCCGCGUCAAGAUCGCCAUCAAGGGCCUGGUGACUAAAGGCACUCUGGUGCAGGUCAAAGGGACCGGCGCCUCGGGCUCAUUCAAGCUCAACAAGCAGCAAGCCGAGACCAAGAAGAAGCCGGCCAAGAAAGCGGCUCCUAAAGCGAAGAAGCCCGCGGCCAAGAAACCCGCUGCUGCCAAGAAGCCCAAGAGCGCCGCGGCAAAGAAGCCCGCCGCUAAGAAAUCGCCCAAGAAGGCCAAGAAACCCGCCGCCACAGCCGCUAAGAAGGCGACGAAGAGCCCCAAGAAGGCAAAGAAGCCAGCAGCCGCUAAGAAAGCAGCCAAGAGUCCCAAAAAGGCCAAGGCGGCUAAACCUAAGGCGGCAAAGCCUAAAGCCGCCAAGCCUAAAAAGGCAGCUCCCAAAAAGAAGUAAAAAUCUGUUUGUUCCUCAACGGCUCUUUUAAGAGCCACCCACUAACUCUGAGUAAAGAGCAAAACUGUG